UUUAACAAUCUGCGGGCAAGAUUUCAAAAAUCUUUGUCUAAUGAAAAAGUCAGAACUACUGGCAAAGUCAGAAAAACAUGUCACAUCGCUGGCCAUAAAAUAUCGUUUUUUCCACUCGAAAUUGUCCCAGUAAAUGCCGAUGAUCCCCAAUGUUCUUUAGAAACUCCGCAGAAAUGGGAAAUAUUUUGUUUCCGUGCCGCACCGACAAAAAUACGUCUGAAAACGUGAUCAAUUUGUCGCAAUCUUGCAUGGAGCGACUGAUCCUAAAAGAAAAAGAAGUCGAAAAGAAGUAUCCAGAAGUUCAGGAAUUGCAGAUACCGGAAAAUUUGUCCGAGAAGGAAUGGAUGAUGAAGCUAAAAUGCCUGGAUGAUGCACACUCAAACACCUAUGGUCUAACAGUGCAGGCAUUUUACAAAUUGAUUGAUAAAGUUGAAAGUCAAAUUGAACCUGUGAGACCUGGGAUUUGUGAUCCAGACAAAAUCAUUGAAUGCCUGAAAAAAAAUUCCUGCUGCACAAUAAGAUGCAGAUCGGAAAUGGAAAAGUACAUCGACUGCGUCGAUACGUUCCGGAUCAAUAUCAUUAAAGAACAGGUCGAAUGCGAACGAAAAGAAAAACGAAAAGAAGAACAGGAAAUUGUGGAACAGUUUUUAAAAAGCGAGAUCGCGGACUUUUGAGGAAAUAUUGUGACCCAAUAUGUACUACCUAAAUAAAACCACAAAACCCA